UUCCGUCGUUCAGCUGGGAUUCAAUGCCUGGUGUGAUUUGUAUCUCGGCGAGCGGAAAGGUUCUUCUGGCUGGGGGAUAUCUCGUUCUUGAUCCUGAGUACUCCGGAACAGUAGUAGCAGCCUCUUCCAGGUUUUUUACUAUACUCAGGCCUUCCAGCAGCCAAUUGAGCGAGAUCAUUGUUCGAUCUCCUCAAUUUUACGACGCGCUUUGGAAUUACAGCGUUUCGAUAGAGUCUGGAGUUUCUUUGGAAUCGAAUCUGGCUAAUUCGAACAAGUUUGUCGAAGCAGCCAUCCGAGAAACGUUAUCUCUGGGCCUGGCACAUUAUGGAUCGGAAAGGAUUCAGGAAUGGCUACGCAUCGGACUGGAAAUAGUAAUUGCUGGAGAUAAUGACUUCUAUUCGCAGAGGAACCGAUUGGCGUCGUUAGGUCUUUCCCCCACUCUCGAGAACUCGCAAAGUCUGGAAAGAUUUGCAGACACCGGCACGACGUUAAAGAACGCUCACAAGACUGGUCUUGGGUCAUCAGCAGCAUUGAUUACUUCACUGGUUGCCUCUUUGCUUGUUUACCUCCGAUUGGCCGGACCGGAAGCACCGUCCGGUUCCCGUUUCAGUGAGAAGGCGUUGGCACUCAUACACAACACCUCACAGUAUGUACAUUGCCUGGCUCAAGGUAAGGUUGGUAGCGGCUUCGACGUCGCUUCCGCCGUAUAUGGAAGCCACCUAUACACACGUUUCGAUCCGAGUGUGAUCAAACCGUUGAUGGCAUCCACACGUCCCCCUCCUGCCGAGUUGCUGAACGUGUUAUCACCUAGCAAUAUUCAGUGGAACCAGAGAGUUAGACCAUUCCAUUUACCCCCCCGCACAAGGCUUAUGCUUGCGGACGUCAGUGCUGGUAGCGACACUCCAUCCCUUGUAAACCGGGUGUUAAAAUGGAGGGCCGAGAACGCGGCUCAAGCAAAACAACUGUGGGAUACAAUCGCGUCUUUGAACGAGCGUUUCACCGAGGCCCUUCAUCAGCUCGCAAAGCUCAGCCAGGAAGAGCCUUUAAAGUACGGCAUGUUAAUGAGGGACACAGCAGAAAGCUCCAUAUCGACAUGGGGUACAUCAGGAAUGUCCAAGGAAAAACAGCAGAUAGUCGAGGUCAAGGCUAGUGCUGAGGAGAUUAGAAGAAAGAUGAAACUGAUGGGGGAACUCUCCGACGUGCCAAUCGAGCCUGCCGAGCAAACACGUUUACUUGACGCAUGCAUGUCAAAGCCUGGAGUGAUCGCAGGGGGUGUACCUGGAGCUGGUGGGUACGAUGCAGUAUGGCUGUUGUUGGCAGAGCCUGAGGAUAUGGCACUCGCCAAGCGGAUCACGGAUGAAGUACAGAAAUUAUGGCUGUCUUGGACCGAGAUGGCUGUCACGCCACUGCCUGCAACCGAAAGUAGAGUGUCGGGGCUUAAAAUUGAAGUCAUGUCAGAAGUGGCUGGGAUCCAAAAUCUACUGGAGAAAUGUCAAUAUUGAAUAAGAUGAAAUCUGAAAUACGAAAUGGGUGCAUGCAUCAAUCGUAUGGUGAUUAGAUUUUGGUUGCUGACCUCGAUUUGAGACAUUAAAACUUCUAUGAGCAAACUUUUAAUGUUGUGUCGUGUAACGCAGCUUUUCGAAUGCCUAAAAUAACAGACAGCACGAGGACAGAUAGCCCGAAGAACGUGCAAGCG